UGUGUGUGUGUAUUCACAUUUUUUAUCCAUCCAUCCAUGUCUCCACUGACGGACACUGGAUUGUCUCCAGGUUAUUUCAACUCUCAUGUGUUUUUCAAAACCCUCUCCUCCUGUGCAUCCUACCACUAUCCCCACUCAGGCUGAAUCUUCUCUCACCCAACGAUGGAAGCAGUUUUCUCCUGGUCUCUUUGCCUCCAGUCUUGCCCUCUCAAGACCAUCUUCCAAACAGCUAGCAAAGUAAGCUGUUUAGAAUAAGACAGAUCUAUCUAGAAGAGAUAUGACCUCGUCAUUUCCCAGCUUACCCUUUAAAAGACCCUGAUGAACUCAAGGUGCUUAGUCGGGCACAGGAACCCCCACUAAACUGGUCCUCCCUAGAUCUCAGUCUCACGGACCACUUCUUCAGACUUCUCUCUCCCCUCUUCCAGUCUGCAAUGUCAUGCUCCAGGGAGAGAGGCCUGUUUGUGGUUCAACCACAUCCAUUUUUAUGUACUUAGCUUCUCGAACUUCUCAGGUUGUACCUUAACCCUAAACCACCUUUUAUUUUCAUUAUUUCAUUAACUCCUCAUUAUUCUUUUAAAAUCAACUCAGUUGUCACUCCUCCAGGAAGCCUUUCCUGCCUCCUCAAUACCCCUUUGCCAAAGCAGGAUUAGGUGCCCCUCUUUUGCGGUCCCGUAAUGCUCUGUGCAUAGCACAUCAUUGAUCUGACGGUAGUUUUUUCUCUCUGUUUAAAGGUCUGUUUUCCCCACUAGCACCAUUUAAAAAAAAAUGAGGGCAAGUGAGCAUCUUCUACAUCUAUUUAUCCCUAGUGUCUAACAUGUAGUAGGUUCUCAGUCAGUAUUUACAGCCUGAAUGAGUUAGUAUGAAUUUUCAGAAUCAUGCUCAAGCCAACAUACCAACAGAUACAUGCACGUACAUAUGCUCAGCACCUCCCCAGGACCAGAUCUCAGCACCAGUGCUCCCCGGAACCCAGCUCAUCUCACAGUGCAGUGAGUUAGGCAUACUUGGGUGUUGUGCCAUGUGAGAUGAAGGUUUCCACCAGCUCAUUCUGGGAACCUAAACAGGCUCUUUUUAACUCAGUCUCUUCUCUCUGUCUCUCUGUGUAUGUUUUAAGACUCUAGCCUGCACUUGGGCUUUUAAUCCAUCUUUAAAACAACAUUAAUUAUAACUUAACUUUAAAAACAAAGAAAAAAGAAGGAAAAAAGAAAAAUACUUAUUUCUAGUGAAAGAAAUUGGUGUUAAGUGCAGGAACAGCGAACACCCAGUGAGAUCUGCAGUGGGAAAGGCUCUUCAGAUGGAAAGACUGAGUUUUGGAUUGUAUUCCAGUCUGGUGUGAUAUUGGGUUCAUCCAAUAGAGAGGUACCUAAAGUAGUGUCCAGCCCCAAAACAUCCACAUAGCUUUUGGAGUUACUUUUUCUGUUCAUAGACAUUGGCAGGGUAUGUUAAGAGUAUAGUUUUUACACCUGCAAAAAUCUUCAGUGUCAGUGGCAUACUGGACAACUCCAGUGAGACUCCUACUUCUGAUUUUCUGAUCCUUAAACUUCUUAGAAGUUUUUCAUCGUAGCUCCAGACAGGACCAGGUACAAAAUGUGCAGAGCCUACUGAAAAAUGAAAAUGCAGAGCCCUUUGUUCAAAAAUCAUUAAGAAUGCUGAGGCGGCAAUAGCAGAGCAAUGAACCAAACCCUAGACCCCUCUAGACACAGGGCCUUGUGUGACUGUGCAGGUCACACACCCAUGAAGCCAGCUCUGGCCCCGGUCCCCAGAUUAAUCCCAACUACUUCUAAUGUAUUAGACACUUCUCUGAUUUAAUUCUCUGCUCUCCCUAGUCACGAAGUGGGACCUCUUCUAGCUCUUUAUCUGAGCUCUUAGACCCCAGCCUCUUUCUAAGCACUUUCCCUUGGGGAGGCUUGUGCCACUAUCAUGCUUAGUCUCCCGCUAUUGACAAACUGCAUGUGAAAGAGCUUGUUCUGUCUCUCCUCUUCCCAGCUUGGCCAGGAUCCACGUACAGAGGAGGCUGUAGAUCUAGCCUCAAGUUCUGCAAUAGGGAAAAUCUCCAUGGGUCUGAGAGGGAGCAGCAUCUAAUAAGUCACGAGGUCCCUGCCCACCGAGGUCCCUCCCCAUAUGCCAGCAACCACCACCAUGGGCAUGCUGGGAAGACCUCCCACCCAGGCCUUUGCCCUGGGUUCAGAGUCUGUGCCCUACCUAAACAGGCACUGCGAACAACUGGAGGCCACACACACAACAGAAGGUUCUGUUUUCCAGGGGCCUGUGACAGCCACCACAUUUGAAGCCAUGGUCAGUGGGGACGAUGAGCAGAGGCACUGUGUUGUAUGCGGGGACCGAGCUACAGGCUAUCACUUCCACGCCCUGACUUGUGAGGGCUGCAAGGGCUUCUUCAGACGAACAGCUAGCAAAAGCACCUGUCUCACCUGCCCCUUUGCUGGAAGCUGCACGGUCACCAAGGCCCAGAGGCGCCACUGCCAGGCCUGCAGGUUGCAGAAGUGCCUAGAUGCUGGCAUGAGGAAGGACAUGAUCCUGUCGGCAGAAGCCCUGGCACUGCGGCGAGCAAGGCAGGCCCGGCGACGGGCACAGUGCGCGCCAAUGCUGCUGAGCAAGGAGCAGAAAGAGCUGGUUCGCACCCUCCUCGGGGCCCACACCCGCCACAUGGGUGCCAUGUUUGACCAGUUUGUGCAGUUCAGGCCCUUGGCCACCCUCGCCCCAGGACUGCCUCUGCUCAUGCACUUUGCAGACAUCAACACUUUCAUGGUGCAGCAAAUCAUCAAGUUCACCAAGGACCUGCCCCUCUUCCGGUCCCUGCCCAUGGAGGACCAGAUCUCCCUUCUCAAGGGAGCAGCUGUAGAAAUCUGUCAUAUCGCACUCAAUACCACCUUCUGUCUGCAAACACACAACUUCUUCUGUGGGCCUCUUCGCUACACAAUAGAAGAUGGAGUCCAUGUGGGGUUCCAGGAAGAGUUUUUAGAGUUGCUCUUCCACUUCCAUGGGACACUGCGGCGACUGCACCUCCAGGAACCUGAGUAUGUGCUCAUGGCUGCCAUGGCCCUCUUCUCUCCCGACCGGCCUGGGGUUACCCGAAGGGAGCAGAUUGAUCAGCUGCAAGAAGAGAUGGCACUGACCCUGCAGAGCUACAUAAAAAAACAGCGACCAAGGCCCCAGGAUCGGUUUCUGUACGCGAAGCUGCUGGGCCUGUUGGCUGAGCUCCGGAGCAUUAACAACGCGUAUGGGUACCAGAUCCAGCACGUCCGGGGACUGUCCGCCAUGAUGCCCCUGCUCCAGGAGAUCUGCAGCUGA